AUGUGUCAACAAGGGAUGGAAUUCUCCAUCAGCUCAUCUUUGAAUAGCUUCAAGAGCCUUGGAAAAACCGCUGCCGCAAUUUUACAAUUGUACCAAAAUGUACAUUGUUUAAUUUACUUUGGAUCUCAUCCGGCGCAAUUGAAUUUACGUGAGAAAAUUAUGGACAUGAUUUCCGUUUUUUAUCCUAAC